AUGGGAAGCAACGAUGAGGAGAGCUCAAGUUUCAACCAGAACAAAAGUAACAAGAGAACAUCCUGCAAACUGGUCGGGUCACUUACAGGGAAUGUCCAAAAGCAGGCACUUUCUGAAGAUGGAGAGCAAACUGAGGAGUGGACUUCUCAGGUCUGUACCACCGCUGAAGAAGAGAGAGCAAGUAUGAGCGUGGCUAAUCCAGCUCAGAGCCCCAAUACUGGCAUUGCAGCUCCGAAUCCCUCACCCACUAUCACCACCUGGGAGGCCAGCUGGAAUGUCACCAAUGCUAUCCAGGGCAUUUUUGUGUUGGGCUUACCCUUUGCUCUGGUGAAGUCAGGUUACGUGGGUUUGGUUCUGCUGGUUCUCUCAGCUUGGGUCUGUAACCACACAGGGAGGAUCCUAGUGGCAUGUCUAUAUGAAGAGGAACAAAGCGGAGGGUCUGACUCUGUGACAAAGGUCCGAGUCCGACACAGCUACCAAGACAUAGUGGAGGCCUGCUCCAAAGGCCUGUGGCCCAACUGGCCUGAACUGGGGGGAUGGAUAGUUAAUAUAGCUCAGGUCACUGAACUGUUGAUGACCUGCACCCUGUAUCUAGUUGUCUCCACCAGUUUAUUGUCUGAUAGUCUGUCUGGAAUGGCUGUUCCUAGAUCAGUAUGUUCUCUGGUCUCAGUGAUGUUCCUGCUGCCCUGCCUGCUGCUGACCGAUCUCAGGCCAGUCUCCACUCUCAGCCUGCUCUGUUCCCUGGCUCACAUACUGAUCAGCCUGUUGGUCAUGCUGUACUGCCUGAGUCGAGCCAGCAGCUGGUCCUGGUCCUCUCUGUCUCUGUCUGUGGACCCAGAAGACUUCCUUGUUUCCGUGGGUGUCAUCAUCUUCUCCUACACCUCACAGAUCUUCCUCCCUCCUCUAGAGGGCAGUAUGGAUAACAAAGGGCAGUUUAAUGCCAUGCUGUGUUGGACCCACGGUGCCGCCUGCAUCAUGAAAACUAUGUUUUCUUUAUUGGCUGUGCUGACCUGGGGGGCAGAGAUCACUGAGGUCAUCACAGACAACCUGCCCUCUGACCUUCGACCCAUAGUCAACCUGUGUCUGUUGGCUAAAGCCCUUCUCUCCUACUCUCUGCCAUUCUACUCUGCUGCUGAAAUACUUCAAACCUGCCUGUUUGGAGACUCUUCUCUCUCAUCGUACCCCAGACAUGAAGGCCGAGGUGUGUCUUGUUCGACCCUGCUAGUCCGUGGUGCCCUGCUGAUGACAUCAUACCUACUGGCCCUGCUGGUGCCCAGAUUUUCCCUGCUGAUGGGUUUGACAGGCAGUGUGACCGGGGCAGUCAUGGCACUCAUACUGCCAUGCCUGUUUCACCUCAGACUGCAGUGGGGCUGCCUCACUGUGAGGGAGCGGCUGAUAGAUGUUGGUAUACUGAGUCUGGGGAUCAUUUGUAGCAUCUCUGGUGUGAUUUGUUCAGUGAAAAGACUGGUGGCGGAACUGUAG